UUGAAACAGGCACCUGGGUGUGUGUGUGUGCCACUAACAAAGCUGAGUUGUCAUACGUGUUUUGGCUCUCCCACAGGCCUACCUGGCUAGGGGCACCUCAUGCAGGGAAAGUUUUAUAGCACUGAGAGGAGUAUCUGGGAACAGAGCACACUGAAUAACUCAGGGUGGUACUGCUCUGAGCCAGCCCUGAGCUGUUUGUUACUCAGACACGCUCCAAGCUGAUUCCCAUGCAUAGUUUGACCCCUCCCCCCCAUUCUCCAUUGCUCAGAAGCACUCAAGCACUGCCCAAUUUCACUGCCCCAAAGCACUCCUAUUUAUUGUACAAGGCCUAUGUUAAAAUCUCCUAAAAUCUCCAAGUUUGUCAAAGCAUUAACAAUAACCUCUUUUAAAAAUAACACUAUGUCUUGUAGCUGCUAUGACUCCUGUUGCAGUUUUAAAUUGCAUAUAUACUGUACCCAAACCCAUACAAUCGAUCCUGCUGAUGGUAAGGGCACAGCGAUGCCACCUCGUGAAGUAGAAACAGGAGGAAAUAGAAGUACAAGGAAGAGGUUGCAGUAAAUCAGCAGGUGUAAUAAGCUUGAUUCUUCCUUUGAGAUAAUGUUUUACCUUCUGUUGACGGUAAGCAGAUUUUUGAUACCUGUUAUUUUUACUAUUUGGAAGAAAUGAUGUUGUACAAAGUGUUAACAGGUUUCACAUUGCAAAGGGCAUAGCGAGCAGUGGAUAAGCACUUUAUAUUGCACUGGACUCACUAGGAGUUUGUUUCUUUUGUCUGCCAAGUAAGUACAUGUCUUCUUGCAAUGCCUUUGAGAGGAUCAAUCCCUUCCACUUAUAUCCAUCAGGAGCCUUAAGCACCCGAUGCUGCACCUCCCGGAGGAGCCAUGAGGUACUUGUGCCACUGCCAACAACGUGUGAUUGCUUUCAACUGGUGUCACAGAUCAGUUUGUACCGGUGGUUACAAACUUGAAGUUAAACAUCACAAAUGCAUGUGAAAAUGAAUAAAAUUAAAGACCAUUUUCUAUCAAAAUCUUCAUAAUUUAUUAAAAAAUAUACAUUUUCUCAGUAACAGAUGGUCAAUAAUAGAUGAUAGAUGGCCUCCUCUGUCUAAAUUAAUGGCUGUAAUUCACUUGAGGGCUGCUGCUGAUGUCAUAAGCUGCCAGAGUGCAGCUUGAGUGAUUUAUUAACAGCUGCAGAAAUCCUAGAGUGAAUUACAUCCUUGUAUUCACUUAGGGUCUGCAGAUUGUUAUUUAUAAGAUAUGGAGGUUUGUGUUUCUUCUGUAUUAUAGGAAUCUUUUGUAUGAUUGUAAUGUAUGGGCAUGGUGCAGGACUGACUAGUGUGGAAGUUCAGCUCCCUGUCUGCAGCAAAGGCAGUCAGGUUUUCUCCACUAACACUUAUCACCAUCAACCCUUUAUUUUUAGAAGAAGCUAAUCAACAUUGGCAGAUGUGUUCAUUUAAGUCCUGCUCUGUGGGCUUUUUCCCCCCCCGAUGUCAACUACAAAUAAUGUCCUUCUUUCCCAGGAAGCCCUUGUUCACUCAGUGUUUGUAGUCACUGCCCCUCUUCACAUUGAGCUAUGUCCAAAACAAAAAAAUAGUUGAGAUGUUGAUGCUAGAGAGGAGUAAGUGCAAUCUCUAUUAAUAUCUGGAUGUGUAGGAAGAAGGCAACAGAUCCAGAAGGCUAGCAAGGGUGUCUGGAAACCAAAAUCUCUCACAUACAAAGAAGAGAUUGUCCCAUCUUCUAAUACUACCUCUAUGUAGGGAGAAAACCUUAUGUUUCUUCCAUGAAAUUCCUGCUCAGUAAAAGAGAAUGCUUUCUCUGUGGCAGGCCUUCAAAUAUAUUUAUCUUACACAUCAGCCCACCUUAACAUCUCAGACUCAUUCUUCCCAGACUCAAAUUCUCUCUGCAAUGAUCCAUACUUCCCAGAUUUAUCUCAUUCUUCUAAAACCACAUAUGAACAUAUGAAAGCAAAUUAAAUAAUAUUCAUUUCUAUAGCCUUCCCAUUCUCCCAAAAAGUGGAAGUAGGUGUUACAAAAUCCUGUUUCCCAAACAAGGGAUGUGUUUCCAACAAGUAAUGUAAGUCCUAAAGGAAGAGUGAAGGGGAAAUGAGAAUAAAUAAUGAAGAGUUGCAUGGCGGGAAGGAACAGUCAGAAUUCAUCUGCAAAUACUGUUAUUUUUUUGCUGAAGAUGUAAAAUUUCUCAACAGAAUUUAACAGUGAGUGUUUAGAUGCUAGUUAGAUUCCAGUGGGAAUAUUUCCAGCUUUGUCUCUUCUCUCAGUUUUGUUUGCCUAUGGUUAGAUCUUGCUGGUCAUUAGGAGAAGGCUGCAUUUAUUGUUGUCAGCAAGAAAUACUGCUUUGCUACCAAACAACUGCUUUUUUACUUCUGCUUUCCUUCACCAGCCUCCGUCUAUAUGAGUGACCUGUCUGUAAGAGGUACAAAUGAUGAUUUUUUUUCCCACAGAAAACAAUUUGAAUAAAAACAGGCUCUAGAAAUUGUUCAGUGCCUUGAGGCAGAGUCCUUUGAAGUCAUUAUGAAUUCACUAAUUUCAGCAAGCCUAUUAUUGCCAUUAUAGCACCAUGGACAAAGCCCAGUCACUUCGAGAUCCCACUAUGUCAGAUAUUGCAUGAAUGUACAGAAUGGUAUCAAGAAACAGGAAAAACGUCUUUUUUCUGCUUUCUGGAGUGGAAUGCUGCCCUCCUGAUUCUUUUGAAAUUGCCUACAGAUUUGUAGUAGUCAAACUUUGUAUAUCCAAAAGCUUGACUUUUCUUUCUUAGUUUUUAAAUGUUUAGGAACUACGUAUGGGGCAGAUGACCAACUGGACCAUAGCCUGUCCGUGAUUUGCAACUUCCAGGGAUUGCCAUGGCUUCAGAAAGGCAGCACUGCUGGCAGAGCAUGAGAUCCAUUUUUCAUGAUGAAGCUGCAGUAACAUGAUGCCAGUGGGACAACGGAGUUUGAACAUAACUGGAGCAUCCUGAUGGGUUGGAUACUGCAGCUGAUCUGCAGCUGAUAUAAGAAAGCAUUUCCCUGUACUGCAGGCUCCUGGAAAGAGAGCUGCCUGCAAGGCCAACCCUGAAGAUGUGGACUGCCAUUGUAUUCUUCCUACUGAUCUCCUUCUGUAUAUGCGAAAACAGAUUUUCUGUCCUGAAAGCCAGAGGUGUGCAUGUAGUGCAAAUAAACAGGCUGACAACUGAAAAGCAAUGCAGGCAGGCUUGUAAAGGCCCAGCUGCUUCAGGUAACCAUCAGUGCAACUGGUCUGUGUCCUACCAGAGUCACUGCGUCCUCUUGCGGUGUGACCGGCUAAGCGUGUGCCAGGAUGCUGGAGACCAAGACAUCAGAGAUCUGCUGGGAGAAGUUGUCUUCGGGGAAACUCUCCUGUUUCACCACCAAAGCUAUCAACAGGAAAAAAAGAGGUCAGUAAAUGCACAGGUUGAACAGCGCAACAGAGAAAACCUGUUUUUUUCAACCACUCAGGCUUACAGGAUACGCUUGAGGCAUUUGCUUGCUGCUGACUCAGCAAAUACAGGAGCAACAACAGCUGCAAGCAACAGUACCACCACAACAGUGACUGCCAGCACUACCACAGUCGUAUCGACUGGCACAAAUAUGACUGUCUUCACUGCGACUUCUGAAACAACUACCAAAGCUUCCAAUGCCUCUGGAAGUCUCCAGACUACAGCCAUGUCAUCCACUGUCUUUUCUCCCUCUCCUGUUAAUGUUACUGCUUCCACUCCCAGCAAUGUCACCGAGCUUCCGAUCACCACUGAAAACUUAGGAAAUAGUAGCUUUGGUUCAGUACUGCCUCCUUCUUCCACUUCUCCUCCCCUUGCUGCCACUUCUGAAGCAGGUACGAGUGAAACACAGCAGUUUAACCCAGUGAGCACAUCCCGCUCCAGUAACCUCACUUCUGUUGAAGUUGGGCUGAAGACACCAAGCCCACCAUUAAACACCUCCACCCAGCAGGAUGCCCAGACCUCUGCUGCACUCACCACCUCUGUGAGUCCACAUUCUGUGAAGCCAACAGCUGUAACGUUGCCAAAAACAAGUAAAGCCUCGACAUUCUUGAGUGAAUCAUCUUCUUUUCAGGGUUCUACCAAAGGUGCCACGGUUUUAACUAUUGGCCCUACAUCAGAAGCUAUGACUGAGCAUGGAAUAAGGUCGACAUCUCACGUUCCCUCUACUAAGCAUACAGCCACAGCUCCAGCAAACUCACCUGGUACAACAGCAUUGAGCAUUGCAGAGACUCAGGGCACGAACAGUGAAUAUCUUCUCAUCGCUGCUGAGCCUCUGACUCAGUACUUAGUGGAUAAGAGUUUGCUUCUUGCAGUGCUUUUAUUUGGUACUUUUUUUUUAAUAACUGUUAUAGUUCUUUUUCUCAUGCAGGCUUAUGAAAGUUACAAAAAGAAAGAUUAUACGCAAGUGGAUUACCUGAUCAAUGGAAUGUAUGUGGACUCAGAGAUGUGAAAAGGUGGGGAUAAAGUAAUGGGUAAGAGAGACGGAAAGGAGACUGAAAACCUACCCAACUUUGUCUUUCCCAUUUGCCUAUCACACAAACUGAAAGUGCUUCCAAAGUUACUUCUGGUGCAAUUUAGGAGAAAUGCCAUGUACUGUAGUAAGAAAAAAAAAUAUAUAUAUAUAUAUUUUUAUUCAACUGCAAGAGAUUGCUUUAAGAAUAGCCAUUCUUAAAACUUUUCCAUAAUGCACAAUAGUUUUGGCCGUUAUUUUUCAUUGCAAAGCUAACCUAUCAAGAGGUAAGACGACGUCCUCUGAAAAUGACGUGGUGCUUUUUGCACUGUUAGAGCGCGAGUUCAUCAUGUUUCAUUGGCUUCAUGUGCUCCUCUCUGGAAAUGAAGUGAAGGAUGCUCCCAGCUCUUACAAAAUGCUCUGGCAUCACUAGACGAGAAGUGUGGGGUAUUGCCACAACAGGGAGCUUCUAAUCCAAUGUCAUGUUUCGGUACGCUUCUUGCUUAUUAAGAGGUCUGUUUACAAGGCAUUGUAAACACUGUUCACUGCUAACCCAAGAUAUCUUUUCACCAUGGAGCAGAUUACUGUGCCUCUACAUUUACAUGAUCUUAUUUUUGUAUUCAUUCAAUAAAUGGGGCUCUGGAAGGGCAUAUCUUGUUGCAUUUCUGUUUUCAUUCCUGUCCUUGCCAGCUUAGCAGCAGACAAGUGGCCUUUUGGGGCUUAUGCAGAUGAGCUCUGCUUGAAUGUUCCAACUACAAGGUCUUAGAAGGCUGCACUGGAGGUGUGACCAUGCCGUGGAAAAUGCUGAUCGUGGAAAAUGCUGAUCGUCUUUCCAAGUAUGGCUUCUGUUCUUUCAGAGUGUUAUGCUGCCAUUCUCCCAGGUAUGCAGACACAUUUAGUGUGCUUAUUCAUUGCUGUGAAUGGAGCAUCAAGCUUUCUCAUUCUUGCAUUCUGGACCAGCUUAGAGUCACCAAUCAUCUGGAACUCUUACUGCACCUGUACACACAGCUGAUCUCAGACCUGCAGUUGAGAGAGAGUAGAAAGCACUUGAUUUUUCAGCAAACAUUCUUCAGUGUUUAAUUUCACUCUUAUUUGAGUGGGGAAUGCUAGCAAAACAUGAGAUCAGUGUGCGCUGUAUUUCUUUUAACUGGACUGAUGCAUCCGAUGCAGUGUUGGGAACGUCCCUCAGUAUAGCUUGGGAAUUGAAGCCAGUUGAGAUGCCUGGGAGUCAGCACGACUGCUCUGAGCUAUUAGCAGAUGUCAGGCAGAUACUCCACAACUGCGAAGUCCAGAGACUUAUAUUUACAUAGAGAUCUCAGGUUUCACCUUAAUUGCAUGACUUAAGCAGGUGAGUCACUAACCACAGACCUAAGCAUGUGGUCUUUGCACUGUAUUCAAGAUACUGAGAUAAGAGCUGUCUCAGCUCCCUGCUGUCUCCUGAGUAAGGACCUGGGUGUUACCUUGGAUUCAGUUCUCUACUUUUUCUCCUCAUUUAGACAUCUCAAAUAGGUGCUUGCUUUUAGGUAGGGUGAGUCCAGUUAAUAAUGCUCUCUGUUUUAAUCUCUUGCUGUGUGAGUGAAUUCUUCUCUGCAGGAAGUGCCUUCCUGCAUAAAGAGUUGGUGUUGCAGCUGUUAUGUAGUAAUUUUUUUUUUUUCAAGUUACCUGAGCCAUUACAUAAGGGCAAACUUUGUAAUUGCUGGAAUUGAAAUAGCUUAUCUUGGAAAAAAGAAUUUUUUUGGAUGAACUUCACGCCAACUAUAGCCUUAUUUCUGUUGGUCUCUGUGGAUCUCCUCAUUGAAGAACAGAAGUCAGAUGCCAGAUUCUGUGGAGUGGAGCAGAAGCUUGUAAAGUUACAUUAAUUAUUUGUUCUUCUCUUUAAAGUGAUUUUAGAGCCCUGUACUGAUUUCUCAGAGCAGAAAGGGGCCUGCUUAAGAUUGUUUUCUUUUCUAAAAACAGACACUUCUUAGGGUUUGUUUAUUAAAACACAAACAAAGCCCUGCAGGGAUAGUUUAAGUAUGUAUGAUAUAAUUACGAGAGUUGGACUUGGGCUACAACUGUAUUUACAAGUCUGAAGGAGUUUCUCAUGGACAGAAUGAGGGUGUUACAACUGCAUCG